AUGAGUGAAUACUUUAAGAAUUUUAAGAAGAAUUUCAUAAUGUCUGGUAGAGAUGAUUCAGAUGAAAAGUCAAAUAAAUCUCGUGUUAGUGCCACUGUACCUAUGGAUAUCAAUCUCAAAAGAAGAAUAUUUAUCAUGACAAUUACAUCAUUACUUCUCCUUAAGGUUUGUUUCAUUAAUUAUUGGUUCUGCAGUUCAUUUACAUUCAGACUUCCUGUUGUCGAUGUGAUUAAUAUUUUAAAAAGUCCAGAUUUACUUCCAACCACCAGUUUUAGUUCAAGUACAAAUACUACCUUUGAGUUUUCAAAUACACUCUUAAAAGAUUUAUUACAAGAAAUCUAUCUUAGAAAUGAAGCUGAAUAUCUCACAUUCUUAUCUCAUACUAGUCUCGUCGUUGAACCUACUCUUCAAGUUAGUCCUACUCAAGUGGUGUUGAAUUUACAUGAGGGAUUCUAUAAUUAUUGGCCAGGAUCAUUACAGUUCCCUACUCUUUCAUUUUCCAAUGUUAUUACUAGUAAGUUCCAUGAUAAAGUUGGUUUAUUGAAUAUUAUUUCACCUUUGAAGCCUAGUGGAGAUGAUGAAGUUCAGCUUUUCGUUAGACAAUAUGUAUUCUCAAUGUUUUACCUUUCAGAUGUAUCAGAAACAGAAUAUUCUUUAGACUCAUUUCAAUAUUCUUUUUAUCUAUUAAAAGUAGGAAAUUUUUCAAUCUUGUCAACCUCCAUAUUAUUCAUUUUAACUUUAAUUCCACUUUUCUUUAUUGAAAAUGAAUUUAUCUUACCAAACUGUAUUGUUUCAAGUAUAUUUUCUGGUUGUGGUGCAUUCUUCUCCUUGUUUAACUUUGUCUCAUCCAUUAUCAUAAUGGCAAGAACUCCAAAGCCAACAUCUUGGUAUUUAAUUGUUCUUUACUUUUUAGAAUCAUUACUUUUCUUUCUAUUAAUGUUAAUUGUUUGGAAUGAGUUUAUAAAUUUAAAACAAGCUAAAUUGCCAGAAGCUACAUUUAGUGGAACAAAACAAACCUUAGUCUCUGAAACUCUGAUUCCAUUAUCAAGUGUUUAUUCCAAUCCCCAAGUUGCUUCUGUUCUCCCAACCCUGCCUCAUAUUUCGGAAAAGUCUGCUGAUAAUGUAGAUGAUAUUGUUCAAAGUGCACAAUUUAGAAGUUCUUUAAAAUCUCCUGAAACUAGACAAACUGAAGAAGAUGGUCUAACUUUGAAUUUACCAUUUCCAAAGACUGACACUGAAGAAAGUAGUCCUUUAACUCACGCAGGAAUGACUGCUCUUGGAUCUUCUACAACAGAUGCCUUUCAAGAUGAACAACUUGAAAGAUUUCCUACAUUAGGUGAAGAUGUCCAAACACCGGUUUCUCAAAAUAACAAAUUAGAAGGAGGAAUCUUUUCAUCUCAUCUCUAUUCACAUAAUCUAUAA